AUGGCCAUUCCUGUGAGCGGGAGCGUCACUUUGAACGGCAGUCAAGCUGUCGUGGUGCUCGAUGUCGGUGCUCAGAACGCACCAACAACACCGGGAGCUCCUUUGCAGAUCCUGCUGCAGAAAAUGAUGGAUGGACAAAUGCCUAUCCAUGAAUCAAGGCUACCCGUCCUCAAGAAGCAUUUGGCGGCCAUGGUCUGCAAUGUGCAGCGUGGCCUCAAAUUAGCUCCUGCGGGGCUACUUGGUGCAUGGUCCAAGGAAGCGGAAAGCAGAUUGUUGACUUUGCUCAAGAAGCCUAAAAUGGUCUGUGCUUUGGAGGACGAGAAGGACACAUCGCCGUUGGCCUUGCCAUCGACUUCAGCCACAAAGGACCUUGCUUUAGCUGCUGCAGCGUGCGAUGAGCCAGGGCCCAAUCAAGGCAUCAUGGCAGAAGCAGAUGACACGCAUGAGGGUACUCCGAAUCCUGCACUGGGUCCUCCCAAGGACGUAGAAACCGAUUUCUCAGAUGCAGAGUUGGCGGGACCGAAUCCUGCACUGGGCCCUGCCAAGGACGUAGAAACGGACUUCUCAGACGCUGAGAAAAAGAUUCGCUUUGGCACUGGUGUGAAAUGGGCUGAUGUAGAAGCGGACGAGGUUGAAUGGGAACCUCUGGCUGCAAAGUGGCUGCAAGAUCGGCAAAUCAUUCUCCAUACAGAUUCUGCCAAAAGCUAUGCCACCAGUGCUCGACUGGCAUACUUGCAGGUUGUGUUUGCUCCUAAGACGUUGGUGAAGUUCAAACGUGCUUGCGUCGCUGAAGUCCGGCAACUGAAAAUCGCGAAGUCGUUGCCCCUGACUUUGAGCGGAAAGAGCUGCACGAAUCUUAUUGCAUACCAACUGGUGGUUGAGAGUGCUGUGUCUUGUGAAGCUGGUGAUGACCACGCAACGAUGGAACUGUCUGGCUCGGGGUACUCCACCGCGUUCACACAAGAGGAUCUCGAAUUGGUGAACUUGCAGAGCGACCAGGUUCAUCAGAAGCUCUCAUCUGCAACCCUGGAAGAGACUCCAAAUGGAAUCCUUGCAAAGCUCUUUGCCCCUGGGAUAUGUGCAGAGCUCAGUGCUCGAGUAGCCUACCUAUCAGCCCUUUUUCCAGAAAAAAGCGGCUAUAGGCUUCCAAUCUGGCUGCAGCAAGGACAAGACUCCAGUCACAAUUACGACAACGACAACGACAACUGCAACAAGCACAACCAGUACAACUACGAAAACUAG